UGAGUUUUGUUUUCAUGUUUGCAGUAGAAGUUCAACGUUCUUUUACAUACAUUGCUGGUGUAUUCAAAAUGUCUUUAUUAUUCGUUAAAGUGGCAAACCUAAUUAGUAUUGACAGAACGAAUAAAAAAUUGCUUCAAACACUUGUAAGUCUUUGCCAAAAAUGUAACGAUUCUUCAACCCGAAUGGCAUCACAUGACACUUCCCAACAGGGAAGGAUUACUGACUACAACUAUUUUUUCAACACUAAGGCCAGAAGAAGAAUGCCUUCCAUUCUAAGGGAGCUAUUGAAGAAACCCCUUCCUCCUCAAGGUAUUACAUUUGGUGUUGGGGUGCCUAAUGUUCAAACUUUUCCAUUUCAAGAAAUUUCUGUGAAGUUGAAGAAUGGUUCAAGCUACAAAAUUGAUGGAAAAGAUCUCGAGGUAGCACUUCAGUAUUUACCAAGUCUUGGCUACCCUCCUCUCUUGAAGCAACUCCAGGACUUGCAGGACAAGAUCCAUGGACCGCAGGACUGGACCAAGCAAAGCCUGAUGGUCACCUCUGGCUCUUCUGAGGCAAUGGCUGCAGUCUUCGACAUGAUACUGACGCAUGGCGAUCCCAUCAUCAUCGCUAUCCCACUCUACAGUGGUGUGGCUGAAAUGUUAAGGCCAUAUAAUCCACAGUAUAUUGGCUUGGAACAAGACAAAGACGGAGUUCAACCACAUCAACUCCGUCGUCUGCUAGAGGAGAGAGUCCAAGAAGACAAACCUCUACCUAAGUUAAUGUAUAUCAAUCCAACAGCCUGUAAUCCAACUGGCAGGAAUCUUUCUCUUCAGCGCAGAAAAGAACUUUACAAAAUAGCGAGUGAAUACAAUUUCUUGAUACUUGAAGACGACCCUUAUUAUUUCUUAAGUUUAAUGGAGGAGGACACAGCCAGUCUGCUGUCGAUGGACGUGGAGGGCCGGGUAAUUCGAGCUGAAUCUUUUUCUAAAAUCCUCAGUUCUGGCCUCAGAGUGGGCUUUGUGACAGGACCAUCUCCUCUCAUCAGACAGAUAGAGCUUCACAUCCAGGUAUCCACUCUACACACCGCAGGUGUGCCUCAGGUAAUAGUCAGUAAACUCCUGAAGUCUUGGGACCAUGAGGGCUAUCUACAGCACAUUGAACAGGUGAAGAAGUUUUACCGGGAGAGGAGAGACCUCAUGGUGGCUGCUUGUAAUCGUUAUCUCAAAGAUGUAGCAGAGUGGAAUGUACCGACAGGGGGCAUGUUCCUGUGGGUCAAGGUGCCUGUCCUGAAGGACACAUGGAGCCUUGCUAUCAAGCACUGUAUGGAGAAACACCUGAUUGUGGUCCCAGGACACCCCUUCACUGCCGGACUGACUCCACCUCAGUAUAACUACAUCAGACUUUCGUACUCACUGGCCUCACCUGAGCAGAUGGACAAGGGGGUAAAACUUCUAGCUGAAAUAAUUCAAGAAGCAGUCAAGAAUGGAAACUAAAAGAUAAAUAUACUUUUAAACUGUACUGCUCCUUUUUUAUUAAAAAACUAAAAUUUUGUGAAUAAAUUAAACUUUAAAAAACUA